AUGCGUGUGACAUGUGUAGUUGCUUGCGGCUUACGCUCUAGUAGUUCCGACCUGAAGCGGCGGCGAAUACGUCAGUUGGAGCGGCAAUAUGGUCCCGCGUGGCGCUACACUGCAGGGUGGACAUCGCAACUGUCGCCAGUGGGUAUGUUUGACGCAUUGGAAGUUCCGGUUUUUCCACCAAACGUGGUGCAAACGCGUGAAUUAGAUCACGUGGGAUGCGCUAGUGCACCGCGCACUACCGUGGUGUCAAGGGGCCUCGUACAAAACGGAAACCCUAGAGUAAAAGAUUCACAACCAACUUCAGUUUUAGACGAAAAUAACGCUUACUUCAAUCCACAACAUGAUGCAGGUACAAGUUCGAGCGAUGACCCCUUGUUCGAGUUUUUAAGGCAUGAUGAUGAACACAGUGCCCUUCUGCUAGCCAUGUGGACUUCCCUUUAUCGGUGCUGCGUUCACGCAUCCGAGUUGUCCGAGUUUCUUGCAUUUCGUGUGCGGUGGUUUCUGCAUCAUCUCAUUCAUAUGCGUGCAACAGCAGCCGCGGUCCGAUUUUAUCAUCGUUUACUGUUGUUGGGCGUACAUCUUCAAAAGAAGGAUGUGUCGUUGUUGCUUAGCAGUUUACCCUAUGAGCAUUACGUAGUGAAUGUGGACUUUAAAGGUGAAAGCAAGAAGAAAUGUAGCCGUUUUCGUACGAUGCGACAGGCUGAUACCACUCAUGUAGACAAAAAGAGUGCUACAAAUGGUGAUAAGGGAGGUACUGUUGUUUUUAGCGGUGAUGGAGGAACUGUUGGUGAGGAGGAGCGUCUUCUGUUCGCUUCAACGAUAACGUCCACCGGAGCGGACACUUCUUGCGAUACUAGUGCUAGAGUGUGCCCGGCAGGAGACACAUGCGGGGUGGAGUCGGUUGAUUUUGAGUUGACACCAGCGGGUAGCCGAUACUUGCGAGACCAACCAGAAUGGGUUAAGCGCUGGGUUCUUUAUGAGGCAUCCAUGGGUAAUAUUGAUCUCUACGAUGAGGAGAACGCCACCACCCUGCGCGCCGACAAAUAUGUUGAUUCAUCUUCCGUGGGAUUAGAUUGUGGUGAUGAAUGCACACCAUCUGAGGUGAAAUGGGCCGAAGGGUGUAUCGAUGUGGUUACCCUUCUUAAUCAUUUGAUGCUUCUGCAUGAUGGAAAUCAUUUAAUCCACAGAGAAACUAGAAAACGUCGAGUGAAUGGUAAGGGAAGAUCUGGCAUAACUCUAAGAGGAGAAAUGCAGCGACACUAUUGGGCAGAGGCCCUCCAGAUUGCAGGUGCAUUCCUCAGUGCGCGCAGCUCAAGGGGACGGGAGAGAAAAGCGGAAGAGGGACAAUAUGAAGUGGGUUGCAGCGUACCGCCUGAGUUCCGCAGUGAGUUGUGUCGUGCGUUAGUUGCCGCUGGCAGUUGGAAGGUGGCACUCCGAUGGCUCAAAGUUGCUGAGCAGUACAGAGUGGGUUUCACGCAUAGUGAGUACGCGAGGAUUUUCCUUUGUCUUGCUGAGUCAGAGCCUUGGGAAACAUCUCGUGCUGCGGAACGUUUUGUUGCUCGUAAUAUGAUUCCUCUCUUGCCAGAAGAAACCGUAUGUGGUUACGCGUCCCGCGCCAUGUGGUUGGCACAUGUUUGUUCCCAAAGGGAUAAUAGGGUGGAAGAAUGUUUGGAAUUGAUGGAAUCUACCUCCGGAAAUCUCCCUGCGUGCGUAAAACAAAGUAUAGUGUACAUCAAGCUCGCUGCGUCAUUACUUCGCGUUGAUGCUGACAGGUUUUUUGCCGCUGCUGCGCUCCAACAGUUUGAAGCGGCUUCAAUUCGCUUAGGUGUGUUUCAUCCCGCGGCCGAUCUAUCGCAGCGGCAUUCCCCUCCCAUACAGUUGGUGACUAGGGAUAUGGCGAGCGCCGGGAGCGGCGCUCUUCUUACUGUUCAACUGCAGGAUUCCUUUGUCUUAGUGUCCAUAGCCCUUCCACGCGUUGUAGAACUUGUAUCGGUCGCCGCUGCUUCGCAGGAGGAUGAAGUGCAGCUGGCCACCCUUCUGGCUGACGUGCUGUACGGUCCCAAUGGUUUGUGGAAGUUUUUUUCUGAUGUAUGCCUUGUGGGAGAAAGCAAGCAGUUAACAAGUCACCGGACUUCAGAAGUCGUGCGAAUUUCUUUGUACAUGUCACUGUGUCUACUAAAAAUUGGUGUUGCGCUUUGCCGGGUGGUUGGGCACGAGAGGCAAGGCGUUCAAGGAAAUCCUCAUUUGAGGGAAAAACAUUUGACGCUUAUAUUGGGAUUGCUUGAGGAGAGUCUUGGCGCCAUUCCGGCGCGAAACGCUGUGGAGAUCAAAGAUCGACGGAUCAUGUUAUCACUGGUAGCCACAUCGGCCAAGCUAACUAAACAUGUUUUUCGACAAAUCGGUGUUUAUCCCUGCAAUGAGAAAGUUAUUUUCGGCUCAUUCAGCGAGGAAACUUCUGAAACUGUUGCUUUGAUGCUCCGUAUUCACGUGCUACUGUGGCGGCGCGUUAGUUCACUCCGUAGGCAUCUUCAGCUUGCCGCAGGGUCGGCGUUGCGUGCUGUGUUCCGACCAACUAGUGAGUUGGGUAAGCACGUACGUGGGCAUAUACCCCGGCAUCAACAGCAGGAACUAGACUCGAUGCUUGCUUAUGGGCGACUACGGAAGUACGGAGAGCGUAGGGCGGGUGCAGCGAUCGCGACAAAAUCAAAAUCGGAGGCGCGUGUGCAUUCACCCGAGGAUGUUGCGCGAAUCAAGGCGGUCGCGAAAACGCACAGAGUUGUUUAUGCAUUGUCUCUUCAGCACGUAAACAACGGUGCGGCGCUCGAGCGUGACUUAAUAACUUAUCUCAGUAGGGCAAGUUGGGACGGUGCUCUUACGAUGCUGCACGUUUCUCUUCACCACUUACGCCUUCCGCAUGGUACAUUUGGUCUCCCCUUCUUUGCGGGUGUGUUGGCUCGUUUGUGUAAAGCACCCCACAGAACGAAGUCGCUCUGGUUUCAAGCAAUUGGGGUGUACUGGGACGCCGUGGAGCACGUCCCUCGCCCACACGUAUCCGCCAAUACAAGUCAUGUUGUGGAUAGUAAGAGCCAACUCCGCUUACACGAGAGGAAUGUUCUAACACAACUGCUACUGCCAUUACUGCGCUUUAGCGUGUCGACAAGGCAAAAGGAAAUGGGAUGGUCGUGGAUGAGGCGUUGGGACUUGAUGCACAAAUCAGAUGAACGUGAUGUGGAGUAUGAAGCACUGAGCGUGUGGGCACGAUCGGUGCUUGAGGACCGCUCGGCACUCAAGAGGUGUCAACGGCUGAUGGAAAAAUAUCAAUAUCAACACAUGAGGCAAAAAAACCUACCGAUGAUACCACCGCUGGAAAAUAUUCUGUGCGACGUUGCAGUCAAUCAUGCUGAUUGGUGUGCUGCUCUCCACGCACUGGAGACGGUGUUUUGGACACCACAGCGUGGAGGUGACUUCAUCACGACACCACUCCCGCCGCGAGCGGCAACUGCGGUGCUUCGUAUACUUUGCAAGGCACCCACGAACUUGUGCAAUACGGCUCGCCGUCUCCGAGAGAUUCAGGGAAGCUGCUGGGAUUUACGUAGCGCCAACAGUCUGCUUCUAUUGUUGGUAAGGCAGAGGCGUUGGCAGCUUGCAUUGCAACACGUUGCUGAAAUGCUUCCAGUUGUGCAGAACGGCCGCCAAAAGUCUGAUGUGGUGGGUGGGAAUAGCGUCUUCGAUAUGUGCUUGGAGGGUGAUGGCAAGACAGAGCAGGCUUUAUUCCUAGUUCAUGGGUUGCGGGCGUGCGCAAAUGGAGGUCGUGCGGAGGAGGCAGCGACGUUGUAUGACCUUGUUAAACAAUUGGCUGGCUUGGAAGCGGUGGUUCGUGCUGCGGACAUAAACGUUGAGAGUAGUGUAACCUAUGCUCUAAAGCGGCCGGAAGACAUGUUGUUUUUCAUGUGCAACCAAACUGAUCAACCACAAGAUACACUGGCAUGUGACGAAGAUGAGCGAAUGCGCAUGCUAGUUGGACAAGCGCGUGUUUACUUUCUCCGAGCGAUGACUAAGAAAACUCUGCGUUGCAACAGGCGAUAA